AUGUUAUCCUCAAUCGGGUCCGCCCUUCCGCCGCUUCGGCAUCUCGCUCGAAAGUUGACGACCACCGCUGCAGCCGGCAAAUGGCGAAUAGUGGAGGAGACGAGCGGAGACACGACCACCGUGCGAGCCGUCGAGACCCCGGACCCGGUCGCCGCCCGUCAGCCAGAAGAUCAGUGCGCCCUCUGCACAUGUUCACUCCCCGUGAAGCUCGCCUACACCGAUGUGCUCAUCUUGGAGCAGUUCAUGCGCCCUGACGGUACCGUGCUGCCCCGCCAGUUGACCGGGAUCUGCAAGAGCCAACAACUUCGACUCGAGCGAUGUGUGAUGCAAGCACAUUGGGCUGGCCUCUUCCCGGACCGUACGAUCCCCGAGUUUGACCGCGCUGGUUACAAACGAUUUGCGAGGCACUGGGAGAGCGACAUGUCGAUGUAUUUCUUGAAGCAAAAGAAGGAAAACGGCACCUGGUACUACUUCAAGCGCUAUCAGCAUCAGGACGACGGGUACAAGGGAAUACGGGCAAAGCAGACCGCA